CUCACAACUCACAACUCACAACUCUCUCAGACAUAGGCACGCAAGCAACACCUUCUUCCAGAACAUCACAUAUUCUUUAUUCCAUUCACUACUGCUCUCGGUAUCACUGCGCUUAGUCGCUCUCGUAAAAAAAAAAAACGAUUCACGUCUCCUCUCAAUUUCAAAGUUUCUAUUCCUUCGAUUUCAAAACUUCAUCAUCAAUGUCGGGUAAUCCAAAGUGCACUGUUUACGUAGGCAAUUUGGAUGAGAGAGUUACUGAUAGGGUUCUUUACGACAUCCUUAUCCAAGCAGGCCGGAUAGUUGAUUUAUACAUUCCACGUGACAGGGAAACAGAAAAGCCCAAGGGUUUUGCCUUUGCAGAGUAUGAGUCUGAAGAAAUUGCAAAUUAUGCUGUUAAGCUUUUUUCUGGUUUGGUGACUCUGUACAACAGGACAUUGAAAUUUGCGAUCUCUGGGCAAGAUAAGGCAUCUGCUAACAUGGCUCCUACAUCAACUCUCCCGGCAAGUUCUCCCCUUAGAUCCAGGUUUCGUCCUAUACCUUAUAACAACAUGGAAGAUCCUCAUCAUUCCACUAGAUUAUCAUCAUCUAGUAGAUUACCGAUGAACCCAGGGCAUUAUGAGUCAGAGUUGCUCCCCCCUGGCGUAGAACAGGAUUCUAGUGCAUUUAGGUCUCGUCAUGAUAGCUACAACCAUGAUUAUUCACGAAGAGUUUUUGGGGCGGCAUUGGAUGGUAUGAACCGCUCUAGGACAGGGCGCUAUUAAACAAAUAAUCUAAUCUCUUGCCUUCUUUAUAAACUUCUCGAGCAUGGUUUGGGGCUUGGGUGUAUCUUUGACGUAUAGAUUUAGAUGCCUAGUCUAGCUUUCUCCUUGUAGUGCAGGUUUUGUAAUGCUGGCGUAAUGUCUACUUAUAGUGAUAAAUGUAUCAGAUGGUUUCUUA